CAUGAAAUCCGGCACAUUGCGCCGGCUACUUUUACAUAUAUAACAACGUUUUGUUAUUAUUAUUUUGAACCGUUUUUCGACAGACUUUUACCAAUGGCCGCAUUGUGCUUAGACUUUCUCGGCUUUCAGGAGGCCCUAAAGAAAAUGCGAGAUGUUGACGACAAAAUUAUUUAUGCUCUAAACGCCUUGCCAACAGAAUCGUUCAAGGGCCAGGUGAACAGCGAGGGUACGUGCCGGGACCUUUACUCCAAGCUUCAGAAGUCGCAUCUCUCCCGGCAAGAUAGCAUACGCAGUUGCAUAACCCUGUCGGCAACCAAUCUGAAGCAACUCCGUGAGCAAAAGCAAGCCAAUCCGGAUGACAUAGACACAGACAGCAAAUUUAAGGCUGAACAGCGCAAAUUGCGUGUGCUACAAGCCGAGCUCAACGUGGAGGAUAUCAUAAAAGAGCGCACCUAUAAGGCAUUCAACGAGCGCUGCAGGACAUACUUCCAUGCAGGACAAUAGGUACUUUUCUUGAGUACUGCCUUGUGCAAUGAUCACAGUCUAGUUUUAAGUGGAGUUUUUAGUGGUUAGCAAAAGGAACUGCCCAGCCAGAAGGCAUUUACUAGAACCUGUGGUUUUAAUUUGAAAAAGAGUAAUUGAAGACUAUAUUUAAAAAAAAACUUGCAUAUUUUGAUAUUCAUAAUUGCUUUUACAUUUUAUUUACUGUGGCCUAUUGCAACAAAAUAAUAUUGGAAUAAAUUCUUUGUUGCUAA